UUGAUCGAAUCACCCGUGUGGACAAUCGGGCUGAUAUGAGCGUGAAGACGCACGAGGGUGACGAGAGACUGGGGAACGGUCGCAAGGCGUGACAAAGCGACUACGGAAAUUUCGAGAUCCGGAUUACACAGGAUUCUCUUCGGAAAUUGGAAAACUAUCAUUGCCGAGGAAAUUGGGAAACAAGGACACGGAUAGAUCGCUGAAUCACUAGGUCGAGAAAGAGAAAGACGCGUGGAUUAUUACACAAAACGAUUGCGAAAGCGAGAGAAUCGGGCGAUCGUAGAAGAGAGAACGACGAACACCGACGGAAUAUCGACGAAACGCUGACGAGACGAUAACACUGACUCGAGACGAUUUAUCGCGCCUACGAGGAGGAGGACGAGGUACGGCUACACGCCGAGGUUUCCCGUAGAAUGUCACGGGACCUUUACUCGAGCAGUGGCGUGAUCGGUCCAGGUGGUGGCACACGUUCGCCACGCAGCGGUCGUCGCGUGGGCGAACUGCCAACCGUUGAUCGCAGUCCAUCGCGAAGUUAUGCCAGCGGUCGUGGAAGUCCGCUCGGUGGUCGUAAACGGGGAACUCGCAGUGGCAACAAUUCGCCGGAGCACUUAGGCUACGGCGGAGGCUACCAUCACCAUCAGCUGGGCAGCCCGUACUACUCCCGCGACGAGGACCUCGGCAGUCCCGUGAUGCUCGAGGAGAGGGGUAGGAGUAUGUCGACCGGGGGCGGUGGGGGCGGACAUCACCGAUCCAGAAGCGCCUCGAGACCCGCCAUGUCCAGCUCGGCGGGCAUGGUAGCGCGUUACACCAGCCUCGAUCGUGCCUCCGCUGGCGUUCUCGACCAUGAUCGGGAAUUCGUGCCGAUACGCGAGCCGAGCCGCGAACGUAGCCGCGAUCGCGGACUCUACCUGGAAGACGAGUUAUACGGCUCCAGGUCAGCGCGUCAGAGCCCGAAUCCGCACAUGCUGCGCGACGGCGGUGGCUACAUCGGCGAGCUCCAGCAUCAGAACAACGAUCUGCAACGCGAGCUCGGUAACCUGAAGAAGGAGCUCGAAUUGACGAACCAGAAAUUGGGCAGCUCGAUGCACAGUAUCAAGACCUUUUGGAGUCCGGAACUGAAAAAGGAACGGGCGUUGCGCAAGGAGGAAAGCACCAAGUACAGCCUCAUCAACGAACAACUUAAGCUGCUCAAUUCGGAGAAUCAGAAACAAAGCAUAAUGGUUCGCCAAUUAGAAGAGGAGCUCAGAAUGAGGAUGCGUGGGCCGAGUGUCGAGAUGCAGCAACAAAUGGAAGUUUUGUACAAUGAGAAUGAGCAUCUGACUCGCGAAAUUGCCAUACUUCGUGAUACGAUAAAGGAGCUGGAAUUAAGAAUAGAAACGCAAAAACAGACGCUGCAAGCUCGUGAUGAGAGUAUCAAGAAGCUCCUCGAGAUGCUCCAGAAUAAGGGGAUGGGAAAAGAGGAGGAAAGGAUCAUGUUCCAGCAGAUGCAGUCGAUGGCCCAGAAGCAGCUGGACGAGCUCCGGACGGAGGUACAGCGACGAGACCAAGAACUGCUGGCAAUGUCGGCGAAGAUGAAGACGCUCGAGGAGCAACAUCAGGAUUACCAGAGACACAUCGCCGUACUCAAGGAAUCUCUCUGCGCCAAGGAAGAACAUUAUAAUAUGCUGCAGGCUGAUGUCGAGGAGAUGCGACAGCGACUCGAGGAGAAGAACCGGAUGAUCGAGAAGAAAACGCAGGCGGCAAUGCAGGCGCAACAGGAGCGCAAUCGCAUGAACACCGAACUGACAGAAAUCAAGGAUUAUCGGAAGAUCAAUGUUCUGCAGCGCAAGAUCGAGAAUCUGGAGGACCUGCUGAAGGAGAAAGAUAAUCAAGUCGACAUGGCCAGGGCCAGGCUGACGGCAAUGCAAGCGCACCAUUGCAGCAGCGAAGGUGCACUUAGUAGUCUCGAGGAGGCGAUUGGGGAUAAAGAGAAGCAAAUGGCACAAUUACGUGAGCAAAGGGAUCGAGCAGAGCAGGAGAAGCAGGAGGAGAGGGAAUUGCACGAGAGAGAAAUCGCCGAAUACAAAAUGAAAAUACAUACUUUGGAAUCUGAGGUCGAGAAAUUAGGCGCACGUUUGGAACGAGCGCAAGCGGAAAAGGAUCGGUUAGAAGCGAAGCUCGAGAGCUCACAAUCCGAGCUUGGCAAGAGCAAGGCUGAGCUGGACAAGGCCGCCUCCGAGGUUGGACGUAGCGGCGCAGACUGGGAGGCGGCGAAGCAGCGGCUGGCCAGGUUGGAACUGGAGAACGAAAGGCUGCGGCAUGAUAUGGAACGAUCGCAAGGUUACGGCAGAAGCACACUGAACUCGUCCCAGGAGAUGGAGCGCGUUCAGGAACGGGCCGACAAAACAGCUGCAGAUUUAAGGAGAGCCCAGGCCGAGCUGAGGGUCACGCAAGCGGACAAUGAGAGAGCACGUGCCGAAGCUGCAACUCUUCAAGAAAAGGUGGAGAAAAGUCAAGGCGAAGUGUACAGGCUCAAAGCGAGACUCGAGAAUGCUCAAGGCGAACAGGAGAGCCUGCGAGAGGAGUACGAUCGAGCACAGGCAUCCGUGGCCCGUCUUCACUCCGAGAGGGAUAAGGCAAUCGGCGAACUCGAAAAAUCGCAAGAUACGCAAAGUGAGGUCGACAAGCUGCAGGAAAAGCUCGAUAAGACGCAGACGGAAGUUCGCAGAAUGCAAAUGGAAAGAGAAAAACAGAACUACGAUUUCGAGAAUCUGCAGAGCCAGCUUGAUAAAGCAUUAGGACAGUCAACGAGAAUGCAGAAAGAGCGGGAAGCGAUUCAGCUUGAUGUGGAUCGACUACAGGACAAGUACGAAAAAGCUCAGGUUAUAAUGCAACGACUACAGAAGGAACGAGAUAGCUUCCAGGAAGAGAUGGAGAAGAUGCACGAGAGGAUAGAAUUCCAGCAAAAUCAGAUAGCCAAGAUGCAACGCGAGAAGGAAAAUGUACUCUCAGAACUCGACUUGGUAAAGGAGAGAUGGGAGAAGGCGCAUAAUACUCAUCAGAAAUUAACGUUGGAGCGAGAUGAUGCGCUGACUGAAAUCCAAAUCCUAAAGGAGAAACUGGAGAAGGCACAGUAUUCUAUGAACAAAGCUCACGAGGAGCGAGAAAACACUACCAAAGAAUUCGAAAAGAUGUUGGAAAAAUACGAUAGGUCGCAGAGCGAGGUGUAUCGGCUUCAGAAUCGCAUCGAUGUUAUGGAGGCGGACAAGGAUCGACUCGAGCUGGAGACGGAGAAGCAGCAGAUGUUGGCGACCAAGUCACGUGAGGAAUCGCGUAAGGCCCAGGAGGAACUGGCUCGAGUGCAGGAAAUGUACGAUCGCGCGGCGCUGCAACUCGGUCGUACGAAAGAGCACGAGGAGAAGUCAAAGGAGAACAUCGAUCGGUUGAGUGUAGAUCUCGAAAUGGUGCGUGAGCGCUACGAGAAGUCGCAGAUCGAGCUGCGACGAUUGCAAAACGAGCGUGAGAAGUUGGUGGCCGACAACGAGCGCAUCAGCUUCGAGCUGGAGCGCGCGCACUCCCAGCUUAACAAGGCGCAGGCAGCGACGGAGAAGACGCAGGAGGAGCUUGCGCGUAUGCAACUUGAGAUUGAGAAGAUGUACGAGAAGCACGAUCGUCAGCAGACGGAGGUGAGGAAGGCGCAGGGCGAGGCGGAACGACUGCGUUCCGAGGCGGAGAACGCGCGCGAGGAGGUCGAGAGGUAUGCAACACGUUUCGGCAAGUACCAGGAGAGCCAGGAGCGACAGAAGGAGGAGCACGAGUGGGCGAAGCUGGAGGUGGAGCGGCUACGCGACCGUUUGGAGAAGGCGCUGGCGGAACUCGAACGUGCGCGGAAGGCUGAGCAGGACGCCUCGAGGCUGCGCGCCGAUCUGGAGCGUGCGGAAGGCGUGCGAGGUAAAUACCAGUACGAGCAAGAAAAGUGGCAAAGCGAGGGUAGUAGGCUACAACAGGAGGUGGAAAAACUACGCGAGCGAUUGGAAGGCCGUGAGGCUGAGCUGAAGAGGACGCAGUCGAACCACGCCGAGCUCGAGGCGAAGCUGCAUGAGGCGCAGCUUCAGCUCGAGCGGGCGCGCGAUGAGACCGGCAAGGCUACUGCGCAGCAGGAACGCAAUCGUUCGGAGAUCGAGCGUGCGCGAAUCGAAGCCGAGAAGAUACGCGACCGACACGACAAGGUGAAGAUACGAUCUGAUGCGCUCGAGGCAGAUAACGAGAAACUACGUGUCGAGAUUGUGCGGUUGGAGCGGCUGAUGCAGACCGAGGGUAAGACGAGAUCCGAGAGCGCGAGUAUUGAAGUAGAACGUUUACGAGCCAGCCUGGACAAGGCGAUCGUGGCGCGUGAUCAGGUCGAACUUGAGGCUGGCAGACUCGCGAAAGAGCUCGAAAAAACGCAUCUGCAAACUGCUAAAUAUCAGGAAGCUACCGAUGCUAGUAAGAAGGAGCUUGAACGUCUCGCCGCUGAUGUGCAACUGCUACGGGACGAACGUGAUGCACUGCGCCAGGAGUUGCGCCGCGUGCAACAACAACAACAGCAGCAACAGCAACAGCAGCAACUCGCUGGUAACGAGGAACAUGCCCGAAUGCAGUACGAGCUGCAGCUGGCGCAACGUGAACGCGACAAGAUGGCAGCAAUCUUGGAGAACCGGGAGAAACACUCGGAAAAGAUGAAAGAGAAGUGGGAAGUGGAUGCGAAGCAGCUGCAGGUAGAGCGCGAUCAACUGGUUAUACAACUGGAGAAGUCGCAGGAAAUGCUGGUCAAUUUCCAGCAGGAGCUUAGCGCGAACGAGGCCGAGCUCGAGCGUCAGCGCGAAGAGGCCCGCCGUCUCCAACAGCGUGCCCACGCGCAGACACCCGAUCGCGCCGCCAAGGAGACGCUUGACGCGCAAAUGCGCGAAGUACAACGGCUGCAGCAGCAGGUACAGAGUGUGCAGCAGGCGCAGCAGAAGGAGCGACAGCGAGCCGAACAGGCAGAGAAGCGAGUGCAGGAGCUGCAGAAGCAGCUGGCGUCGCGCGGCACCGAGACGGUUCAGGCUGACGCGGCUCAGCUUGAGCAGUGGAGGAAGUUAUGCGAGACGGAGCGGCAGCGGGCGGACACUGCCGAGCGUGAGGCCGGUGAUUUGCAGAAGCGGAUACAGACGACGGAACGACAGUUGCACGCGCAUCAACAGCAGAUACAACAGAUGCAGGUCACCAUGCAACAACAGCAACAACAGCUGCAGCAGCAACAGCAACAGCAGCCCGCACAACAGAACGGCCAGGAGAUCGCCAGGCUGAGAAAGGAGCUGGAUCGCGCGCGCGAGGAGAUUCAACAGGCGACAGUGGAACGCGAGCGGUUCCAGGCACAGCUCGAGAUGCUGUGCCAGGAACUGGAGAAGAAUCAGGUGGAUUUGCACGAGGCGAACAAGAAACUCCAAGCUGGCGCCGCGAAAGCUGGCGCCGAUACUAUUCAAGAGAGGAAACAGAUGGAGGAUCAGAGACGACAAUUGGACGAGCAGAGAAGACAGACGGAAGAACGAGCGAAGGCCGUAGAUCAGAAAGCUAGGACGAUAGAGGAAAAAGAGAGAACGCUUCAAAAUCUCGACCAAGACAUCAAAAAGAGAAAGGCGAGAAUGGAUCAACUGGAGCAACAAUUACAAAAGAGUGGCGGAGCGCCGGACAAGAGAUUAGCAGAAAUGCAAAAGGCUCUCGAAAUUGCCGAGAGGGAUUUGGAAAAAGCGAAAGAAGAAUCAGGCAGGAGUGCCGCCGAGACCGAGAGGCUAUUGCAGCUGGUUCAGAUGACACAGGAGGAGCAAAACUCCAAGGAAAAACAGAUCAGAGAUCUUCAAGAAGCACUCAAAACCGCACAAGCCAAGUUGAAACAAGCUACAACUGCACAGCAAGAGGCGGGACCCGCCGGAUUCCUAAAAAGCUUGUUCUAAGGUCGAUUUUUGUUGGGGACGCCUUCUCCGUUCUUUUUAGUACAAUUUGCAUAUUAUAAGCGAGACUUUACGAGUAUAGACGUAUAUACGAGAAACUUAAACGAAGGAUUGAUGUCGAUCCGCCAAUGGACAAAACCCACGUCGAGACAUAUAAUUAUUUUACGUAAAAUGCUGCGACCAUUGUUAACGUAUUUAAUAAUUAUAG